GCAUCCUGCUUGUGAUCGGUCAGUGCAGUGUUCAUGGUGCACAAGCCUUCACUAUUCACUUACUUUCUUUAUUCCCCAUCAUCAACACGCCGCUCGUGCGCUUUCACCGGGAAGAGAAGAAGUUCUGCUGAGGGAUAACCAGAGGGAUAACCAGAGGGAUAACCAGAGAUAACCAAGCCAGAGAGAGAGACCAGUGUGAUGGAGGGAAGGGAGCAAGCCUGAGUGUGUGUGUGUGUGUGUGUUGUGUACUCUGUGGAUGAAGAUGCCGUGCAGGAGCUUCACAGUGCUGAUGUCCAGCCUUCUGCUCCUCCAGCUGCUUCUCUUCUACACACACGGCAGCUCACUGGUGUCCAAUGCCACUCAGUUCAACUCCUCGUAUGCUGGCACUAAUGUAGCUGGGAUUCAAGCUGCACUUCAUGCUGAAGCUAUGCCCAUUUCCUCACCACAGAUCCAUGGCCUUCAUUUGCGUGGAGCUGAGGAGCCUGGAAUCAGUGGACAGGGUGAGAACAGGCCUUAUGACUCAGCUGAGCGGGAGCAGGCUGUAGGUGGUAUGGGUGCAGGUCUACCCACCAUGUCUCACGGCAAAGCCCAACUGGACUUUAAAGAGGAGAACCCAGAUGACGACACACCUCGCUGGCUUGCUGAAAUUCUGCAGCCUGAUGGAAGCGUCCUAGAUCUCAACAGCCGCUCUGCUUCACAUGAGCAGUCACUGUUCAUCAGCGAGACUCAUGAGUCCAGCCCCAUCGUUAAAGUGAGCUUUUCUGAACCUGAUCAACACCAACAGCUUGAAAUCCCACCUCAGGAGGUUCAGGGUGGAGAUCCCACCACUUGGACUGAUUUUUAUGAUUAUCUGUCACCUGACUACUCAACCACUGAGAGCAACGCUGAUUAUGAUCGGUCCACACCUGCAGACAUGGAGGAUGAAAACUUUCAGCAGGUUAAGAAGGCAGGCUCUCGCUCUCUGACCACUGAGGACAGAGCAUCUGGUGGCUACGAUCAGGCAGGACCUGCAGGGGCUGUGGACAGGGUGGAGAACACUGGUUGCCUACUGGGAUUCAUUCGCAGGAAUGGGACCUGCCAAUCACCUUGUGAUGUUUAUACCAGUUACUGCUUUAAUGGAGGCCAGUGUUAUGUGGUGGAAGGAAUUGGAGCAUUCUGCAGGUGUAAUAUACAGGAUUACAUGUGGAACAAAGGUACGAGAUGUGAGUCUGUCAUUACAGAGUUCCAGGUCAUGUGCAUUAUAGUCAGCGUUUUUUCCGUCACGCUGCUCGUACUCUUUAUGGUCAUCGUUGUGUUCUCAAAGCGACUCCAUCUACUGAAAAUCGAAAACAGUCAACUGCGAAAACGCAGCAAGUGCAGGCCGCAGUCGGAGCAGCUGAAUGAUAACUUCUCUCUCUCCACCGUGGCUGAAGGCUCUCAAGCUAACGUAAGGAAUGAGUGUGGCUCUCCGUCUAACUCUCCCCAUGCUUUGGCUUACUAUGAUAACAUUAUCUGUCAGAAUGAUGCUACCAAGCCAGAGGAGCCAGUGAAAGCCCCUGUUAUGGAGGAAGAGGAGGCUCUAAACAUCCAGAACUCACUGCCACCUGAGAAUGAGAACAGCACCAUCAGCGCUGAUGAUCCAGAGGAGAGCGGUGUGACCAUCGAUCUGGAGCUGCUCCUCCCUAACGAAGCGAAGACGCACCCUGAGACCAGCCCUCCGCUUCACUAUAACGUCUUCCUCUAUAAGCUUCCUAAAUCCCCAAAAAUCUCCCCGGGACGUUCCAGGCAUGGGAACGUUCUCCCGCAGAUACGUCCCAGACGAGGCUCUGAGCCUGGAUACAGCGCCAUUUCUUCCAGGACACCCAACCCUCGUCUGGGGAAAGCCUGCACACCAUAACACACUGAAAAAGGUUUAACGGUCGCCAUGGUGAUGCCACGGCAAUGUCUGGGAAUGACAACUCCUUUAAGACCCCAUUUUUUCACUGAGCUUUGGCCAACACUCUGUCAGGUACACACACAUCUGUAAGGACUCUAACAACCAGGAACACACACACACACACACACACCAGCAUACCUACUGUAUAAUCAUUCCCAGACACUUCUGAUGUCUACCCUGACCUCAAGAUCUUAACUGAUACAUCAAACAGCAAACGCUGUGAAGGAUAACUAAUUAACAAGGUGCUUUUUUUUCACGUUUUUA